UUGUGGCCCUGAAAGGAGCUGUGCUUCCAGGUGGGAGUGAGGUGACCCCGGCUGCCAAAGGCGAGUGAGGCAGAGCAGCUAUGGGGGCGCACCUGGCCCGGCGCUAUGUGGGGGACGCCUCGGUGGAGCCUGACCCCCUGCACAUGCCCAGCUUCCCGCCGGACUACGGCUUCCCGGAGCGCAAGGAGCGCGUGAUGGUGGCCACGCAGCAGGAGAUGAAUGAUGCCCAGCUGACACUGCAGCAGCGUGACUACUGCGCCCACUACCUCAUCCGGCUGAUGAAGUGCAAGCGAGACAGCUUCCCCAACUUCCUGGCUUGCAAGCAUGAGCAGCACGACUGGGACUACUGCGAGCACCUGGACUACGUGAAGCGAAUGAAGGAGUUUGAGCGUGAGCGGCGACUGCUCCAGAGGAAGAAACGGAGGGAAGAGAAGGCACAACGGGUGGCCCAGGGCCAGGGAGAAGGAGAGGUGGAGCCUGAGGUGGCCCUCUAGGGGUCACCCGCCCACCCGUGGACCUAUCAGUGAAAUAAAAGCUUUGGGUCAACUGCC